UCCACGAUCCCGUGGUGCUUUGCGGCACGGCCUCGCUCUUUUCCGGUUGCGAGCAGCCGGGGUGUAGAGGGCGGUCGCGACGGGCACGGCGGGCACUGUGGGCUGCAGCUGGGCGGCGGCAGAAUGUUGACUACUAGAGUAUUUAGCCUAAUUGGCAAGCGAGCAAUUUCCACCUCGGUGUGUGUACGAGCACAUGGGAGUGUCGUGAAGAGUGAAGACUUUUCUCUCCCGAGUUAUGUCGAUCGGCGUGACUACCCCUUGCCUGAUGUGGCCCACGUCAAGACCCUUUCUGCCAGCCAGAAGGCCUUGAAAGAGAAGGAGAAGAACCCCUGGAGCAGUCUGUCAAUUGAUGAAAAAGUUGAAUUGUAUCGCAUUAAGUUCAAUGAGAGCUUUGCUGAAAUGAACAGGAGCACGAAUGAGUGGAAGACAAUCGUGGGCGCUGCCAUGUUCUUCAUCGGCUUCACUGCUCUCGUUCUGAUCUGGGAGAAGCACUAUGUGUAUGGCCCCAUCCCGCACACCUUUGAAAAGGAGUGGGUGGCCAAGCAGACCAAGAGGAUGCUCGACAUGAAGGUCAGCCCGAUCCAGGGCUUCUCUGCCAAGUGGGACUACGACAAGAACGAGUGGAAGAAAUAG